UUUCUGUGACCGUGGAACUUUAUCAUCGUGUCAGUAUUUCCUGCUUCAUGCAGCGGUAUGUAUUUUAAUUAAAAUGGAUUUUUGGACAUUAAAUUUUAAAUAUUCAGUAAGUCGAUUAACUGAAUAUUUACAGUGAUUAAAUAUGUCUAUACUUUAACAGAUUGAAAAAUCGGUGGUUCUGGUUUAUGGAACUCGUGAAAUCAUUGAAAACCGUGCCUCAAAAUUGGUUCUGCCGAUGUUAUAAUUGAAACAAUUUGAUUACUGCUGUACUUAUUUUAUGACUAGUCAUGAACAGUGAUCAAGUUAGUUGAUUCGAUUUGGAAGUUAAAGGCUGCUCUAAUUUUUGAACUACAAUAUGGAAGGAGAACAACCUUUAAUUGAGCAGUCAGGUGGUGAAGUUCCUAGUCAACCCCUGACUAACACCAAUUUCUCGUCGGAAGCCUUUUGUAUUGAACUACGAGAUGUGGAUAGACCUACUAAUUUAAAUUCUCUUGACACCUCAUUGAGCAAUCCUCAAAGCCAAAACAACCAGAAUUAUCAGAGAAAGAAAAAUCAUUCUUCCUUUCAAAUUACCAGUGUGGUAUUGAAUGAUGGUGCUGAAGAUAGUCCUGAUGAAACAGAAGAUAUGUCAGACAUUUUGGACUCCUCUAAAAUUGAGUCUGACUUUGAGAAAGAAACUCCUAGUUACUCUGAGGAGUACUCAAAAUCUGAAGAACCAAUUUGCGUUAGCACUGCUGCUGUCUUGCCCACAAGUACCCAGUAUGGAAUUACUGCUGUUGUACAGCAGAAUCAAUCUGGUGGAUUAUUGACAUCAAGAUUACCCCAAGGCAUUACAGUGAAUGUUACAAAAGGAGGCAUUGCUCUUGCAGAAGCUGAUGGUGUAGUUCCAAGUGACACUGAAAAUUUGUCCAAUAGAUUUAAAAUAGUAAAAAUAGCUUCUAACAAGCCUUUUAAAAAAGGAAGAUGGGUUUGUUUUGACUUCAUGGAUUCUCCGGCAACAUCUGCUGUGGGAGUAAGAGGUCCAGAAACUCCUGGGCAGCACAAUGUGGCUAUUCCCUUGGCUUCUCAAAUUCCACAAAGCCAUAAUCAACCCAUGUUAAGCCAAAAUGUGCCUCAGCAAAUACCUCAACUUCACCAAAAUCAGCAAACUUCUCCACAGCUUCCUCUUCAGCAGUCAUCUGCCUUAGGACAGCAUCAGUAUGGGAGCAUGACUCAAACUUGCAGUAUGGCUUCAGGAACGCCUGUAUAUACAUCUCAAAUGUCAUCUCAAGGAUACCAAUCAGGAACUAGCAUUUCUUCCACCAUGAGUCAACAGGGUAUUCAAAUGAACAUUCAGCAGCAGCAACAACAGCAAUAUCAGCAGCAUAUUCAGCAGCAACAAUUACAGCAGCAAAUACAUCAGCAACAUCAAAUGCAACAGAAUCAGAAUUCUGUUAUUGCUAGUCAAGUAAUGGAUUCCCAGCAGGUGGUGAAUACAGCACCUUUGAGUAGUAGUGUAAGUGAGUCUUCUCCAAGUGCUCAAGCUUUAGGUGCAGUUGGCAUUAUGCAGCAGCCAUUGAAACAUCAUGAUGGCUGCCAGCCUCAAAACAUCCCUGUUCAAGGUCAGAGUGUUGGUAGUGUGCUGCAGAACCAGUCAGUGAUUUCACAAUCUCAGCAGAACUAUCAACCUAUGCCAAUGCAACAUCCUGAACAGCCCAGUUCUGUUCCAUCUCAACAACAGCCACAGCAAACACCUAUGACUCAGAUGCAACAGGGAUCACUACCACCACCACAACAACAGCAAGCAAUGCAACAAGACCAGAUGAAUGUUGUUCAUGACCAGUCCCCAAGCUUUCAACCUAGUCAAUCACAGAUGGUUCAGCAGCCCAUAAAUCUUCAAUCUCAAGGACAAAAUCAAGUACUAUCUAACCAAGGGUCACCUCAAAUGACCUAUGCACAACAGCAGCAGCCCCAGCACUCAAUUCUGCAAUCUGGUGGGACAAGUAUACUGCCUCAGGGAGGAGUGGUGCACUCAUCUGCUGGGUUUUUUAAUACGAUUACUAAUGCUGCAAACUUGAGUUCAAGCAACAAUUCUAAUCAGAUGGCUUCCAGUAGUGCUACAUUGGUACAACCACAAAUGAUGCAAGCCCAGACUGCUUGCAAUAUCACAGCUGUUACUUCAGACGCUCGAGAAGGAAUUCCUGAAGCAAGUGCUGCAUCGGAUGAAGCAACUCCAGGAGACGAGGACAAACCAAGUGCCUCAACUGCCAGCACCGUGGCCAUCGACAACAAAAUUGAACAAGCAAUGGAUCUGGUAAAGUCUCAUCUGAUGUUCGCCGUUCGGGAAGAAGUUGAUGUUCUGAAGGAGCGCAUUGUCGAGCUUAUGGAGCGGAUAAAUCACCUGGAAUACGAGAAUAACAUCCUCAAGAAAUACGCAUCGCCUGAAGCCCUCCAGCAACUGCAACACCAGUCCCCGAAUCCUUAAAUGUCGAACCCGACUCCAUGAACUCUGAGAUGAGUUGAAUGACUGGUAGCUAUUCAUAUUAUAAGAUACCCUGCAACUUUGGCUUUCAUUUGCAGAAAUGGAUUAUCUUGGGAUAAUUCGCUCUUUACUGAAAGCUGCAAGUUUCUAUGCGCCUUCUGGAAAUGAGUAGAACUUUCCACUUAUUCAUAUUUUAGCUCCUAAAGCUUCCAAAAUAUGCCCUUUCUAAGUUAUUAUUAUGGGAUGAAUCUACGAUAUUGUGUAUGAAUUUAUGUGUGAAUGAUAAUCCCGUCGAGGGGGUUUUCAGUUUUAGCCGAACGCAUUCAGUGUGAGUAUGUUCAAGUUGUAAUGAGAACCCGUCACCCCAAAUCUGGAAACAGAUCUGACGUGGAGGACGAUAGUUUCAGAUUAAUACCUUACUACAGGUGCUUAGUUCAUUUUGUGUUUGUUAUCGCAUACCACUCUUGUUUUUAGACCGAUGUUACGAAUGCAACUAGUCAUUUGAUUGCUUUUGGUCGCGCAAAGUUACAUUCGAUGGCAUAGAUCAUGGGUUAUGUGUGUGUUUAAACACAAUAAUGAAACUUGUAUGAAAUAACACUUGCAAUCUUCAAUGACCAGUUUUUUUUAACUCCAGGCUGCUCUGGUGAUCUUUUCUGCUGUAUAAUUUUAUGGUAUUUAUUUUUGAGUGCAUGCUAUAAGAUAUAGGCUCUAUUUCUGAUUUACCCUAUUUAGUUUAUAUGCAAAACGUAGUUUUCUAUCAAUAAUUCGUUGGUCACUGUUCAUAAUCACUUUCUCUUGGCUUCACUCGUUUCGAGUUUCGAUGCAUCACAGUGCCCGUGAACUCAAGUCGACCGCGUAAGUGAAGAAAAGGCCAUUCAGUCCGUCAGUCAAAUUUGACUGAAGAACAAAUAAAUAUGCUUGCUAUGUUGUCACUCUAUUUGCCGCCUGCUUUGUUACGCCUUCAUUACAAUGUUCAUGCAGUAUAUGUGCAUCUGAGCGUAGGCAUUAUGUUGAUUGCUGACGCGGUACAAUUAUUUUAUGUGCCGUGGCUCCUGUGAAUUUCAAUUUUGUUUACUAAGGGGCUCGUCAUUCAUGCAAAGCUUUUGAGGUUUAGAUUAAGGUUUUUAGAAUGCCGUGCUGAAUUAAUUUAGGCUCCAUGUUUUGUUGAAGCAUGAUCGUGAUCAAUAGGAAUUUUCUUUUGUAAAUAUAAUAUCCUGCCAUGUAACUGCGUGAUAUAUAAAACUAUUUCAUUGAUACUACGAAUACAGUUGAUUUUCUUCCAUUCAGCAUUGCUGUGAAGUUUUGCGAUGUGUAAAUGCUGAGUCUCACGCCUGAAGUGAAAUUGUAUGUCAUGCAAGUAAAUGAUAAAGAGGAACCGUGCAAAUGGAAGGUGUAUACCUGGAUGUAUUCUGUAUGAGAGAAUAAUCCGACGGGUAUGGUGAUGUUUAUACUACCAUUACGUUUGUAUAAGUUGCAUCUAAUAAAAGCUCACUUAUUUUGUA